UUGAACGUAGGCGCCUGAGCCGUUGGAUAAAUGGGUUUUGUGCUUAAAGCUCCAACAACCCUAUUGCGGCAAGAAAAAAUUGUGCGGCUCUGUCAAAGCCAGGGACGGUUUAGUAUUAAUCUCAGGAAGCGGAGACUGCCACUGCAAAUCUGCUCAAUGUCGAAGACAGCGCCUGAACAGAAUCUUGGGUUUCCAAUAUUGGUGAACAGCUGUGGUGGUAAAAUGGGGAGGGCUGUCAUAGAAGCAGCAGUCUCUGCUGGAAUUCAGUUAGUUCCCGUGUCAUUCAGCCCUUCAGAAGAGUCUGGUCGAAUUGUGCAAGUUGGUGGACAGAGUAUUCAGGUUUAUGGCCCUUCUGAAAGAGAGGGCAUUCUUGCAUCAAUUUUUGAAAAACACCCAAAUCUGAUUGUUGUUGACUAUACUGUGCCUCAUGCUGUUAAUGAUAACGCAGAGAUAUAUUGCAAAGUUGGUGUUCCUUUUGUGAUGGGAACUACUGGUGGAGACAGGGAGAGACUAUAUAAGACUGUUAAAGACUCAAAAGUUUAUGCAGUGAUUUCUCCACAAAUGGGAAAACAGGUUGUUGCAUUUCUUGCAGCCAUGGAGAUUAUGGCUGACCAGUUUCCUGGAGCUUUCUCAGGCUAUAGUCUACAGGUGAUAGAGUCUCAUCAGGCAAGCAAAUUGGAUACGUCUGGAACAGCCAAGGCUGUCAUCUCAUGCUUUCAGAAACUUGGUGUCUCUUUUGAUAUUGAUCAGAUAAAACAAAUUCGUGACCCCAAACAACAGCUUGAGAUGGUGGGCGUUCCAGAGGAGUACUUAUCUGGCCAUGCAUUCCAUAUUUAUAAUCUCACAUCACCUGAUAAGACAGUUUCAUUCGAGUUUCAGCAUAAUGUAUGUGGUAGGUCAAUAUAUGCAGAGGGCAGUGUUGAUGCUGCCAUUUUCCUCGCUAAGAAGGUUAGGUCCAAGGCAGAGAAGUGCAUCUACAAUAUGAUUGAUGUUUUACGUGAGGGUAACAUGCGGUGAUAGAUUGUUGCAUGCCAGUUACUUUUUAUAGUAAUUUAUAGCUGUGGUGACAUCCUGAUCUUUUUCUUUUAAGUUUUCUUUUAAAUUUUUUUUUUUUGGGCCGAGAUAUGUUGCGGUUAGGUUAUUAAGGGUUUGAGCUCGUAUAUAGAGAUUGCAAUUGUGAAGCAAUUGAUGUUGCAUUUGGCAAAUUUUGGAGUAAAUAAUAAUCUCUCUUGAUAUUUGAAAAUGUCCCAUUUGUUGUA